CCUGUCAGACAGCUCUCCCAGCCCUUCCCUGCCUCUGCCCAGGGCAGUAGGUACAAAUUCCAGACAAACUGGAUCAGAGAGGAGGGUUAAGGCACGGAGACCUUCUCUCUGAAGGUUCCUCUUGGGCCUGGGUGUACCACCAGGAUACUGGCCCUUGAGCAUGCCUGAGAACUCUCACAAUGCUCUCAUGGAUCCAAAAACGUGGCACUUCUGAGCACAGGGCCGGGCUAGAGACCCCACUGCAGGGCCCCGAGCAACGCUACUGGUUUGUGUGGGACCCCCUGGGCAUUGUAUGCGCCAUUGCUACAUGGACGCUAAUGAUGAGUGCUGCGUGGAUACUGAUCCGGGACCUGUUCAUACCAUCGAAGAACGUAUUCUACGCCGUGGCCAACGGUGUGCUCUUCCAUCUGCUGGCCUCCCUGGCGCUCGUGUCGCACCUACGAACUAUGCUAACUGAUCCAGGCUCUGUGCCACUGAGAAGCCGACCCGGGCCUGACACCGUGUCCUUCUGUUCCCUCUGCCUAAGUGCCGUACCAGAGAGGGCUUACCACUGCAUAGUGUGCGGACGCUGCAUUCGCAAGAACGACCACCACUGCCCCUGGGUCAACAACUGCGUGGGUGAGGACAACCAGAAAUACUUCUUGCUCUUCACUCUGUUCACUGGGCUUGUCUCAAUCCACGUGCUGCUCCUGCUGGGCAUCCCUUUCCUGCGCAGCCCCGUCUGGCGCGAGUGGAAUGCCAACAGCACCGUGACGCCACGUAGCCCCAUUCUCUUCCUCUUCCUCGUGGCCUUAAUGGGCUUCCUCUUUGCUUUGGUAAUGCUCUGCAGCCAGAUGUGCUCCAUCUGCACAGACAAAACCACAACUGAGACGCUGUACCAGAACAAGCGUUCACUGGAAAGACGGUCCGUGUGGUCAAACGUGUAGGCCAUUUGCGGCCCCCGAGUCUCCCUAGCCUGGCUCAGUCCUUUUCAUUCCCCGGAACGUCACAAAGCGAGUGAGCACCACGAUAUGGCCUAAGUCGAUCACAGGUGCCUAGAGCAAAGAACAGCAACACAGACCGGAACAAGCUAGCUCCCUGAAGGAAAUCAAAAGAGGAUUAUACCUCCGAUUUUCUAAGCAAGAAAACAGGACAGGAAAGACAGCUGUUGGUGAAACCCAGAGGAGAGUGCUCUGUAUGUCCCUCUGUGACUUUGAAAGCAAUUAAAUGCAUCCAACCACG